AUGGCGGCGGCGUCGGAGGAUCGGAUGGCUGAGGAAGGAGGCGGCGGCCACGGCGACAGCGGCUCCUCUUCGGCCAUCGGCUCAACCCAGCGCCUGCCCCCCCCGCCCCCGCCCCCGCCCCCGCCGCCGGGGUCCCAGGCGCCCCCAGCCCCGGCGCUGGCUCCGGACCAGCUGCCUCAAAACAACACGCUGGUGGCGCUGCCCAUCGUAGCCAUCGAGAACAUCCUCAGCUUUAUGUCCUACGACGAAAUUAGCCAGCUCCGCCUGGUUUGUAAAAGAAUGGACUUAGUCUGCCAGAGAAUGUUGAAUCAGGGAUUUCUAAAAGUGGAAAGGUACCAUAAUCUAUGUCAGAAACAAGUCAAAGCACAACUCCCAAGGAGAGAGUCAGAAAGGAGAAACCAUUCAUUAGCUCGUCAUGCAGACAUCCUCGCUGCUGUUGAAACAAGGCUUUCCCUGUUAAAUAUGACUUUCAUGAAGUAUGUGGAUUCCAAUCUCUGUUGCUUCAUCCCAGGAAAGGUUAUUGAUGAGAUUUAUCGUGUGUUGAGAUAUGUCAACUCUACCAGAGCCCCUCAGCGAGCUCAUGAAGUGCUUCAGGAGUUAAGGGAUAUUUCCUCCAUGGCGAUGGAGUACUUUGAUGAGAAGAUUGUGCCGAUUCUAAAGAGGAAACUACCAGGAUCAGAUGUGUCUGGGAGACUCAUGGGCUCUCCUCCAGUCCCAGGACCUUCUGCAGCCCUGACCACAAUGCAGCUCUUCUCCAAGCAAAACCCUUCAAGACAAGAGGUUACCAAACUCCAGCAGCAGGUGUACUGUAGAAGACUGUCCCUUUCCAGGUGGGAGUUUGAUACCCGUAUAAAGUUUAAGGUUUUGGUAAGUACCUUAGUCGAAUAAAAGCACAAGGUUGUCACCUUUUUUUAUCCGUCCAACAUGACAUGGUUCUGCAUCCUUCAGAUUAACCUCACCAAAUGAAACUCUUUCUUAUCCAUUCUUUAUAUUGUCCUUACAUAAUAUUGUCCUUAGAUUUUGAUCAAUUCUAUGUCUAACUUUGAAACUCCAUUUACAAUGUAGUAUGUUUUCAAUGAAAAACCGUAAAAAAACAUCCAAGUGUUUCAUGGUUUGUUGGGAAGGUAAUUUUAAAAUAAACAAUUUCCAAAAAAGAUUUGUCAGCCAAGGUCAUCCAUAAAAGUCCCUGUCUGGAACUCAUUUUCGCAGCAGGUCUCGCUUUUUGUAAUCAUAGGAUUUAGCCAUAUUGUCAUAACUUUGGAGGAGGCCUACUGGAAUACUCAUGGCCUUGAAUAGUCUGCUUUCCUGGUAAUAGGAAGACUUUUUUAAGUAACAAAGUACAUGUUUACAGGUUUACAAAGUAUGAUCCUUAUGCAUCAAAGGGAUAUAUCCUCAGAUGGUUUCUUUAAUAAUUGUUAAUGAAUUAUUUAAAGUUGCCUGGGUUUCUUCAUUAACUUUAUCUCGAUACCCUAAAUGUGUGUGCAGUCUUCCAUUAGUGAACACGAGUGUUUGGCUUUCAUAACAAGCUUUCACACUAUUAGAAGGUAGAUUUUGUUUCAAAAUCCAAAAUUUCUACAGUAUACACUUGUAAUCACCUGUCCAUAAGGUUAAUGAGUUGCGAUUGUUAAUGCAUGAAUGUUCCAUAACAGUCGGAGAAUAAAGCACUACAGUUCUGUUGUUUAAGUCUUAAGUCUUACUUAGGCUAUCCAGCGAAAACAUGUUAGGAUAUUGCCUUGACCUAUUUGAUAGCUUUUAUACUUGCUUUGGGAUAGCAUGACGGUAUUUAAGGUUCAACAAGUCACAAAUUAUUUUGAUCAGCUAAAACUGACGUGUGUUACAGGAAACUUGUAAAUUAGCCUCCCAAGAGAGAACCGUCCUGCCCUGGAUCAUACGCCAGUAAUAUAAAUGCUAUAAUGUUAACACUGUGUUGUCCCAGAUUAACAUUUCCUAAAAUGUUCUUGUCAUCAUCCUUGGCUGUUUUUCAGAGGAAACUUCUCUAUUUUAAUGGGUCAUUCCCACUUAAAAAUCGAUUAUGGUACAACACUACAGACAGAUACAAUGUGAAAAGGCAUAUAUAAGAGAAAAAGGAAGACUCCCCACCCCCAGGAUCCUCAGCUUAUCUCCUACAUGGACUUGGCUUGGUUUCCACAUGUUCUGAAAUAUCAAUUCUUUCAGAACACGAGGUUAUAGAACCAGCUGUUUUUCAAGCUCCUCUUGAUGUCCAGAGCCUGGACACGGGGACAAACACAAAUGUACCGAGUAAUCAUGUUUUAAAAACUUUUGGGGUGCCAUCAGGUCUAAAGCCACUGGUUUUGGAAGCAACUUCUUUUUGUAAAACGUGUUUUUUGGAGUACUGAACUUUACAGGGGCUUGCCUUAAUCUCUAUUUAGUAGUUUCAAGAUGUAUGCGCUAUUAUUCUACUUGUUAAAAUGUUAAAAUAUUCUAUGUAGCCCUAAAGGUGGGUAAAAGAGUGUAAGUAAUGCCUAAAUAAAUAAGCUAAAAGGUGUCACGACAGCUGGAUUUUUUAGAGAAAAUGGACACGAACAGAGGCUAUGUAUAAUAAACAAAAGUAAUGGCACCUUAAGAUUGCACUAUUUUAUGCAUUAUUUUCUAUGCCAUUUCAUAGCCUGCACUUUAAUCUCCAAAGAAAUGAUGUAUGAUGUCCCAGUUGUCCCUUUUCUUAUUAAUAAACUUUUUCCUAAGACAGGGCACUUAAUUCUAUUUUACUAUACUGAAUUAGUUUCUUGGAGGUGAUUCCUUUUUUGAGUUCUCUAUUUCCUUAGCCAUAAUAUUUUCUAGGAUCUAGGAACUCCCUACCUUGUCGAUUUCCAACAGUAUAUAAUUUUAAUUUAAUGUAAAAUCCCAUACUUGGUGAUCAGCACAUUCUUAUAUCCUGCUCUAGCCAUGAGUACCCGUUUGUUAACACCAAACCAUCUACAAGUAUGAUGUGUUGUAAGAUUUGAAGCUAGGAAGAAAAGGCAUUCUGAAGGGAAAUGUCUUUUGGAAACGGCUGUUUCUAAUAUGAAACCAAAUUUGAUAUGCCAUCCACUUCUUUGGCUUGGGAUCUAUCAGAAUUAACUAGUCCACAAAAGAUUAAUAAGUCAAACCCACUUAAAAAUAACCAAGACCUAUAGCCUGCCCUUCUGAAGUGAAUUAUUUUUUAAAUGUGCUAAAGUAAUCUACAAAAUGAAACUAGCAAUUAGUUGACUACUGUGCACCAUGAUUUCAUUAUUAAUAGCAAUAUAUGUGUAGGCAUGAUAAAUAUGAUAGGCUCAAGUCAUAUGGGCCUUUGCCACUUCCUAAGAAUUUCUGUUAAAUUUUUUAAAUCAAAAGGUAAAUCCAAAUUUUUCCUGUUGUAUCUGAAGAGAAUCAUGGGAUUUAGAAGCAUAUUGGUAAUCUCUUAGGUCCAUUGCCAAAGUCUACUGGUCCAUAUUCAAAACUAUACCAAAAGUUUAGAAGUGUUUAAAAUUCCUUUAUGUGGUACCAUGUUUGUUUAUGAGCAACAAUAAAUUACCAGUUUACCUUCUGGAAUUUUCAUUGUUAUAUCCUAAUUCAAUUACUGGAAAGUGAAAACACCUCCCAGUCACACAACAGGGUACGUAAAUAAAUGUGUUGUUACCAGCGCUGCUUGUUUUCUUUGUAUUUCGUGCACAAAGGGUGAUGAAGAGCU